AUUUGCUUUGUUUAUGUCGUACAAACACGUUUAUGAUUUAAAACGUGCUUUACAUGCUUGUUAAUUUGGUUCGUAAAACAAAAUAAAACUAAAUUAAGGAUGGAAACUAUUAAUGAUGACGAUUUGAAAGUAGGGAAUCCUAAAAGCGCAAAUGAAAUGGUAGGACUAAAUGAAAAUGUUGUCAAUGGACAGCGACUUGAAACAAAUACUCAAAUGCAAAAAAGUCAGCAAAUAAAGGCAGACAAAAACUCCAAGAAUUUUGAUGCUAUAACUAGUACCGCUUUGAGUGCAAUGAGUCAACAAAUACAAACAAUAGUGGAAUGCAAGGAAGAUAAUGCUAUAACUGAUAUGGAAACGGUGGGAAAUCAGCUAACUCUAGUCGUAUCAGAAAGUUGUGAAAAAUCUGUUGCAAUUGCUAGGACUGAUUUGGAGGCACAGACUGAAGAAGACAAAGCUAAGAUAUUGAAUACAGUUGAGAUAUCAGAUAAAGUUUGUUAUACUAAAUUGCAAGAGGAUCUAAAUUUAAAAGGGAUUGAUAGUGCCGUCAAUAUAAAAGGAAGUAGAGAAGCAAUAGUGGUGAAUAAAGCGAAUGAAAUAAUAGGGGACUUUAACGUAGAGCUUGAUACGAACAUGGAAGUAGAUACACAAACUGUAGCAGAGAAGAAUAUUGAAGCGAGCAUUAAUGUGUUUGAAAAUACUGCAUUGGAGGCAGGAAAAGAAGUAACAGCUGUAGCUGAUGUGAGCGUUACAGAAGAGAUUAUGAGUGAGAACUUGAUUGUGGAUAGUAUUGUGGAACAUGAGGUAAAACAAAAUGAAUGCACUUUAGCUACCAUUGCUGAUAUUACAGAUUAUAUAAAAACGACAGCUGUAACUGUAACUGUAGCCACUGAUACAAAAAUCAUCCCAACAGUUCUAGCAGACAGCGUUACAGAAAGUUCUAUGCAAACAAAUAUUGUAUCAGAAAAAGCAAAUUCAGUUACCGUAGAUCCAACUUAUAAUUUAACUGCAAAUAGGAGUGAUAUCGUAAAAAAUAGCCUCAGUCUGUUGGCUGAUUACAUAUCUGAUGAUAGUGAGCAAGACGAUAUAAAAGUUGAAAAUCAAUGUACAGAAUCAGAUGGUGAUUCUAUUAUUGAAGUACCUGUGACUUCAAAUAAAACUUAUCGCUCACAAGUUGUCACGGUAAAUUCAGAAAGCGAUAGUUCAUCAUCUUCUGAAACGGAUGAUGAAGGGGAUUACUUAUCUGAUAUACGUAAAAAUAUUGAUAAAGCUAUUCAAAUUGACAGUGAUGAUGGUGAUGUUGAUGGUUCUGAUAACGUUCCACCCAAACAUGCAAAACCACUUAAAACAAAAGGUGAACUUUCACUGGAAGAUUUACCACCAAUUGAAGAUUUGCAUAUAACAGUACCAGAAGAAGAGUGCGUUGAGUUGGGUGUCAUACACUCAAUUAUUGAUCAACUGGUUUUGGUUAGUGUUUUACCAAACUCAGUGUUACUUGACCUCGAUACUGUAUUAUUUCUUGAUAAAGGUAAUAAAGUUUUGGGUCAAGUUUUUGAUGUUUUGGGUCAAGUAGCAGAUCCUAUGUAUUGCAUACGCUUUAAUUCCAAUAAACAAAUAAAAGAAAAAGGCAUAAAAAUUAAUGACAAAGUUUAUGCAGCACCGAAAACGGAAUAUACACAAUUUGUUGUACUUGCAAACUUAAUGAAAAUACGUGGUUCUGAUGCAUCUUGGGAGCAUGAUUUGGAGCCACCACCAAAGUUUUUAGAUUAUUCAGAUGAUGAGGAGGAACGAGCAUCGAAAUAUCUUUUGCGUAACAAAGAUAGACCGAUGGAAAGUAAAAUUUUCAACAAACGCUCUCGUACUGGUGAAGAAUCUCAACCAACAACUAAUGAGGAUGGUCUUUCAAAUAAUAAUGUUCAAGAACGUGGCCGUUAUCACGCAAAUAGAAGACAAGGUAAUUACGGUGCAAAUAAUCGACCACAUCAGUCCCCUUCACCAUCUCCGCAACGUUAUAACUCUGGUAGUUGGCAUUCAAACUAUUAUCCAUAUGCACAUCCAAGUGCAGCACCAGGACAACAUUAUUAUGCACCGCAAAACUAUUAUCGCUACGAGAGUAACAUGCAUGCGCGACUCCCACCACCAUCUUCACAAGGCUACAAUUAUUAUCCACCACCACCAAUGGCUUAUCAAAUGACACCACCUAUGGUUCAAUCGAUGAUGUCUCCCACACAUCCUCAUGUGCCACAACCCACGCCACAAAAUGUCUCACCAAUGUCCCCACCAAUGACUCAACAAGUUCUCCCAACACCAUUUCAAUCUUUGCAACAACCUGCAACUCAAUAUGUAGUAAAUCCAUAUGCGGUUAGACCAUCUGUUUUAGAAGGCAAAAAGUCGUCUAAUUCUACUGACAAUCAACAAUAAAUAAACGUAGAUCUGUAAGGGAACCAAAUGCGUGAGAUG